GUCUGUGCUAACCAUAGACUGCUAACAUUGUAGGUUAUCAGGGUAAUGUCAGAAAAGACAUCAGCGUUUAGUUGAGUUGACUCUUAGAUGAAUUCUCGUUGCAAACCGCCGAUAAAAACCAAAGAAGAAGAAAAAGAAAAGUCUGUGUGUAAGAUGUCCGGGUUUCAAGAACCGACAGGACAAACAACAACAUGUGGAUACGAAGAGGAGCUCCACCGACAAAGAAAAGUGCUGGAUGUGAUUUUAACACCUGAAAUCAAGCUGCAGAGAGCAGAUGUCCAGCAGCUGUUGGUGAGUAAAGAAGAGCUUCCACCUGAGCAGCAGGAGUGGAGCCACAUUCUGGACCAGGAGGACACUAAGCCCCAACACAUUAAAGAAGAACAUGAGGAACUGUGGAUCAGUCAGGAGGAAGAACAGCUUCAAGGACUGGAGGAGGCUGAUACCACCAAGUUCCCCUUCACCUUGGUCAUAGUAAAGAGUGAAGAUGAUGAAGAGAAACCUCAGUCCUCACAGCUUCAUCAGAGACAAACUGAACAGACAGGAGUUGAUGGAGAGGACUGUGGAGGAGCAGAACCAGAGAGGUACUCAGAUCCAGAGAGACAUUUACAACCAGAGGUUAAGGUCAAGAUAGAAGACUGUUCUGAAGAUGAGACUGAAGACAGAGAAGAUGAUCGGAAGGAGACCAGAGGACAUCUGACAGGUACAAACUCUUUUGAAAACACUGAAGAUGAGGGACCACUGAGUGAUAAGAAAUCACACAGCUGUUCUGAGUGUGGCAAAACAUUCAAGAAGAAACCAGAUCUAACCAGACACAUUAGAAUUCACACAGGAGAGAAACCCUUCAGCUGCUCUGUUUGCAAUGAAAAAUUUAACCAACAAGGGCAUCUGUCCAAACACAUGAGAAUUCACACGGGAGAGAAACCCUUCAGCUGCUCUGAUUGUGGUAAAAGUUUUAACCAAAAAUGGGAUCUGUCCAGACACAUGUUGGUUCACACAGGAGAGAAACCACACAGCUGCUCUGAGUGCAGUAAAAGCUUUAACCAAAAAUGUGAUUUGACAAAACACAUGAGAGGUCACACAGGAGAGAAACCUUUCAGCUGCGAUUUCUGCAGUUUAAGAUUUAGGCAAAGAGGGAAUCUGAACACACACAUGUUGGUCCACACUGGACAGAAACCGUCCAGCUACUCCGCCAGCGACCAACGAUUCUCUUUGCACUCUCAGUUAAAAAAGCCCAAAACAGGAGCAGGAGCUGAUGGAGAGGACUGUGGAGGAGCAGAACCAGAGAGGGACUCAGAUCCAGAGAGACGUUUACAACCAGAGACUGAGGUCAAGACUGAAGACAGCUCUGAACCUGAGAAUGAAGACAGGGAAGAUGAUUGUAAGGAGACAAGAGGACAUCAGUCAGGGUUAACUUCACAUAGCUGCUCUGACUGUGGUAAAAUAUUUAAAAGAAAAUUGGACCUGACCAGACAUACAAGAAUUCACACAGGAGAGAAACCCUUCUGCUGCUCCAUUUGCAGUAAAAGGUUUAGCUUAAAAGGAAAUCUGACCAAACACAUGUUGGUUCACACAGAAGAGAAACCCUUCAGCUGCCCAAACUGUAGUAAAAGAUUUAAUCAUAAGUCCUCUCUGACACUUCACAUGUGCGGUGAGGUUAACGUCUUUUGAACCUUUGGAUUACACCAGACAUCACAUCUGGUUUUAGGACACAGGAGGAAAUUCAUCUUUUACAACAACUUGUUUUCACCUUUCCUCAAUUCAAGCUUGUACAUAGAAAACAUAAAUAAACGGACAACAAAUCACACAAAAGAGCUGAAAUAUAGAGAAGGACCUAAAAGGAGAAACCCGUGUUAAACAGACUGAUUAGUAAUCACACAGACUGCAUACAAACACAGUCAAAUAAAAGUCAUUUAAAAUGUAAAAACCUGAGGAGCAUUCAGUCAUCUGAUGGCAGAGGGGAUGAAAGGUUUAGUAUGAUGAUUAGUUUUACAGACGUGUCAAACACAACGAUGACGUUGCGAUGGCAACAGAGAAAAUUCACUUUAAAGCUCAUGACCAGAAGAAGAUCAAAUACUCUCAGCCUUCCUCAUGAUCUGCUGGUUACAAAAUGAGCCCAAAUUGCUCUCUUAGCAGCCAUAAUUGUUUCAGGUUUCUUUUUCUGUCCCUCAGUGAGAGGCUGAGAAAGCAGCAGAUAACAGAGAAACACAAGAGACUCAAUAAAAGACUGAUAAUAAAAACCACACAGAAUCACAGGACUGACUGAGAAAGAACUCUAUGUUUACAGACUCAGUGUUUACAUCCAAGUUAUUUGUAUGAGCUUACAGUUUCCACAUCAUCAUCAAUGAUGCACUCUAUGGGGGCCUCUCUCAAAGAUCAGAUAAGAGAGAUGAGGCUGCAUGUCUAAGUUAUUUAAGAUCAAAGGUUUGCUUCUACCUGUCUGGUAGGCAAAUUCAAGAGGAUCAAGUUUUCCUUCCACAGAUAGAGAACUCGAUCUUUUCAACGGUUUUUUUUAUCAUUAAUGAAGUGCUGCUGGUCUAAAAUGAUCAAGUUGUUUAGGACCAAUGAGGCUCCACUGUGGAAGACUUCCAGAGAGCAGGAGUUACCCUUCAAAGACUUCUGGACCAUACUUCAGAGAACUCUGCCUGCAGUAAACCCCUUAAGGAGAGAAAGACAGGCUCCACCUCUAUCAGUAAACACAGUCAAUUCACAAAGUCCUGAGGGGAAGGGUUUCAAACUGUCCUGAACUCUGGUCCAACUCUGAAAUCAACCCAACAAAAACCCAAUCCGUCAUGUGCCUGCUGAGAAUUCCUGCAAAGACACUGAAAAUGGUUGAUCAUAACAUUUAAAGAAACAGUGUGAUGUCUGACAGCUCCGACUGACUCUUGUCUUUAAUGUCUCACUCUUACAUACUUUAGAGUGAAUAUAAGUCUACUGUAGACGUUUAGAAAUAUUAGUAUAUAAUAUUAAUAAUAUAAUAUAGUUAGGAUGUGAUCUGUAUAAUAAUAAUAAUAAAAGUCUGUCGUCAGUAAUUACAGAAGA